CUGACAUUGUAGCGAACAGGACUCACGGGUUUGUCAAGUUACUGAACGGGUGAAUGAACAACACUGGUCCGCCUUUGGACUCCCAAAGACCCCGCAGCUUUGUUGUCACCUCGAAGGUAGACUAAUAGACACCAUGGUGGGAGUGGAGCGCAGGUCUGUGCAGGAGAGGGUGUGAUCCUUUUUCGCAAUUGGUCGACAAAGAGGCAGACGGAUCAAGACUUUCAGAGGAGACGAAGAAUGGCUCGAAAUGUUAACUUUGACCUGAACCACCCUUUCAUGGAAGCUGGACUGGAGAGCCCAAUAGAUGAGGAAGGGGUUCAUGACUCUUUCAGCCAGCUGAUCGCAGAGCAGAGUCAGAAUGGAGGACCGUCCGACGCCUUUGAGCUGCAGCAGCUGCAGAGACAACUGGACGAGGAGGGUCGAGACGAUGUAGCCUACCUGUCCAGCCCCGGACCUGAGUAUGAGGGAAGGAGGCAGGGAGGAAGGGACAUGGAGGAUGAUGAAGGACAGGGAGACCCCCUCAUCGGUCAACAUUGGUCCUCAGCAACCAUGAGGAUCCUGUCCUCCAUGCCCAGUCGCACAAUCGGUCGCAACAGGGGCGCCAUCAUCUCUCAGUACUACAACAGGACCAUGCAGCUCCGGAGACGCAGGCAGAGCAGACCCGCCAUCCGAGACUUCUCUCGCUCUGCCAGGCCGAGCAUACGAGGCUACGGCAUAGAGGCCGACAGUACGGACACAGAGGGCGCAGAGGUGAGUAAGAGGGAACGUUUGGUGAACAACCUGCAGAACCUCUCAGUGAGCGACAGAAUCAGGAUGCUCCGAGAGAUGCCUCUCAAUGUGGCUGAGAAGAGUGAACUCAGGAGCUUAGCUUUACAAAAGGAGAAACGCACAAUUCCUGGCAGUCAGAUCCCCUGCUGCAGUCGACUCAAAUAUUACAUCAUCAUUGGUGCGAGGCAGAGUUGGUACAGCUGGCUGUCCUUCCUGCACUCCCUCCAUCUGUGGCAAGUAGCGCUGAAGAGAGUGAGCGGGCGUUUUGGCACUGGUGUCCUCUCCUACUUCCUGUUCCUUAAGACCCUACUCUUCUUCAACCUCUUCCUGUUCCUGGUGACGGGUACCUUCAUGGUUCUGCCUCAGGCGGUGCACCCUCCAGUGCUGCCCGCCGGGAGACGCCCCUUCUCUGGACUGGAGCUCCUCACUGGAGCGGGCUACUUCUCGGACUCAGUGAUGUACUACGGAUACUACUGUAACUACACGCUGAGUAGGAGCUGCAGGGAUGUUGCUGGAGGGCAGAACAUCUCUAUGUCCAAUGGAACCAGGCUGGACUGUGUGUCCAAGCACCCCCCCUACAACAUGCCACUUGCAUACUUUUUCACCAUAGGAGUGUCUUUCUUCGUCACAUGUAUCAUUCUUGUGUACAGCAUGUCAAAGUCGUUUGGUCAGAGCUUCCGAAUCGACAAAUCUCACAGUAUUUUGGCCAUUAAGGUCUUCAGCUCCUGGGACUUCAAGGUCAUUAAGAAAACGUCUGUCAAACUCAUGUCUGAGAAUAUCUGCACCCAGCUCAAGGAGCUGCUAGCAGAGGUUAAUCAUAAGCAUGUCAAGAACACUGUGUGCCAGAAAGUGUGGAGACUGACGGUUCAUGGCCUGGCAUGGGCUAUCUGCAUAGCGAGCACCACCGCCUGUGUGCUCGCUAUUUACUACUUCUCUGAUUUCAUGCUUCAGAACCUCAAGCAUAGCUCUCGUAAUGCCACCCAGAACCCCUUGUUGGAUGAGGCCAGCCUGCUGGCUCUCCCCGUGGUCGUCUCCCUCAUCAACCUGCUGCUGCCCGGCCUGUUCAACCUCGCAGCCUGGAUGGAGGACUACGAGUCACCUUCUGUACGCACAUAUGUCGCCAUCAGCAGAAACUUGAUGUUGAAAGUAAGCGUGCUUGGAGUCCUGUGCUACCACUGGCUGGGUCGGGUGGCUGCUGAGCCUGAAAGUAUUGGACUGAAGUGCUGGGAGAGUUUUGUUGGCCAGGAGCUUUAUCGUUUCCUACUUAUGGAAUUCAUCUUCACUCUACUGGACACCUUGUUUGGAGAGUUUCUUUGGAGGUUGUUUUCUGAGAAGGCGCUGAAGAGGAGGAGGAAGCCAGUGUUUGAUAUCGCCAGGAACGUCCUUGAGCUCAUCUACGGACAGACAUUGGCCUGGUUGGGUGUUCUCUUCACUCCUCUCCUGCCUGCAGUGCAGAUUCUCAAACUCUUGCUGCUAUUCUACAUUAAAAAGAGCAGCGUGAUGAUGAACUGUCAGGCCCCCAGGAAGCCGUACAGAGUCAGCCAGAUGACCACUGUCUUCAUCACUCUCCUCUGCUUCCCCUCCUUCCUCGGUGCCUCUGUGUGUGUCACGUACACCAUGUGGAGCCUCACGCCCUCCUCAUCGUGCGGCCCGUUCCGCGAGCUCAAAACGAUGAUCCAGGCGGGGAAGCGAUGGGUGGAAGCAAUGGAAAAAGAUAAUCCCAACCUGUCUGUGCUGGCCAGGGCUCACUCCUACCUGGUGGAAAACCCCUUCUUCCUGUUUGUGGGAGCAGGCAUCUUCCUGAUUGUCAUCUACUUCUACAGUCAGGUGGUGGACGGUCAAAGGAAGAUCAUAGGAUUAUUACAGGAGCAGAUAGAAAACGAGGGAGAGGAUAAGAAGUUUGUGAUCACUCGCCUCCAGUCUAUCCACGAGCAGAAACGAACCCCUGCUCGAAGACUCACCAGUCAGGACUCCUGCUAUUGAGAUCCCAACCUCCAAGAGACAAACCUGCUCAAUUCUAUGAGCACUGAGAUCUGGAGAAAUCUCUGACCAGCACGGAUAUAACUGGAAUAAUAACAAGGAAGGACAACUGUAUAUAUGACCAAAUCCAAAUGUAACAUUCAUUUUAAAUUUGAUUAAGAUUUUACUGGCUGGACUGUUUGUAGUGAGGCAAAACAAACCAAGUGGAAUCAUCAGGUGAACAAAGCUGUCUGCUUUAUACGGUGAUGUUUAUAGAUGAACAGCACUGAACUCAAACUUUAGGAAGUUCAAUGUUACAGGCGGACAGAAUAACUGAAGUAAAUCAGUUCACAUGGAUCUCAGUCAUCUCAUAAAAGCACUUUCAUAUCAACUGUGAACAAAUAGGUUUUAUAAUUAUUUCUUGUGCAAAAAACUGUAUGUUGUAUACAAUGUUUUUUUUAAUGCUUACAUUUUUGUAAAUCAUUUUAUUAGUAUGUAUGUUGUACAUAAGGUGAAGUUUGGAUGUUGUGGGUGUGAGUAUGAUAAUACUGGAAACAUAUGUUUUUCUAUUUUUAUUCCCGGUUUUCUGAGUUGCUCCUUUAGGGUGACAACUGCCACUGUAUUGUCAUACUGUAGUAAUUAAAUUAUGUUUUAUCCUACCAGCACGUACUUGUAAUACUUUUAUAAAGUGUGGGCACUACUACAGCACAAAAACACAAUUUGUUAGAAACUCAACAGUGUGAAAAUUACAUGGAUACAAUUUGUACUAUUGGCAUUAAUAGUACUUAUAGUUACUUAUAAUAUAUCAAGUAAACAUGCAAAUACAAAAGUAAAAUGUAUGGAGACACUGUUACAGUAGCUAACUGUAUCUGACUCUAAGAUACAAUAUACAAGAUAUUCUCAGUAGAAAAAUAUUUUUUUUCACUUUUAAGUACCCUGAAGAACAAAGUAAUAAUCUCAAUAUUUGUAACUUUUAUUAGUAAAUAUUACCCAUUAAAUUAAUUUUCCAGAAUUAGAAAAAGCAGCAUAUUUGGAUGAGGAUAGAAACAGCAGCACCAUAGAUGGAUCUCUGAA